CCGUAGUCCAGUGGACACGUGAUCACAAAAAGUUAUAAAUAGAGGUUCCGCAGUCAAUUGUUUGUUCGACACACAGGCGGAGCGAGAAGAGACAUGGCGUCGACGAGCCGUGGAGAUGCCCUGGCCCUUCCGAGAGUUACAUGUCCCAACCACCCAGAUGCCAUACUUGUGGAGGACUACAGAGCAGGGGACAUGAUUUGCCCUGAAUGUGGACUAGUAGUAGGUGAUCGUGUAAUCGACGUGGGCUCAGAGUGGAGGACGUUUUCAAAUGAGAAAGCCCUCAAAGAUCCAUCCAGAGUGGGAGACGCCCAAAACCCGCUGCUCAACGGAGGCGACCUCACCACCAUGAUCAGCAAGGGAACAGGUGCAGCUAGUUUUGAUGAAUUUGGUAACUCCAAGUACCAGAACCGGCGGACCAUGAGCAGCUCUGACCGGGCCAUGCUCAAUGCCUUUAAAGAAAUCAGCACCAUGGCGGACCGCAUCAACCUGCCAAGGAACAUCAUAGACAGAACAAACAACUUAUUCAAGCAGGUUUAUGAACAGAAGAGUCUAAAGGGUCGAGCCAACGAUGCCAUCGCUUCAGCCUGCCUCUACAUCGCCUGCAGACAAGAAGGUGUACCAAGAACAUUUAAAGAGAUCUGUGCCGUGUCCCGGAUCUCCAAGAAGGAGAUCGGCAGGUGUUUCAAGCUGAUCCUAAAGGCGCUGGAGACCAGCGUGGACCUCAUCACCACCGGAGACUUCAUGUCCCGCUUCUGCUCAAACCUCGGUCUGCCCAAACAGGUGCAAAUGGCGGCCACCUUCAUCGCCAGGAAGGCAGUGGAACUGGACCUGGUGCCCGGCAGAAGCCCCAUCUCUGUGGCUGCAGCCGCCAUCUACAUGGCCUCCCAGGCCUCUGCAGAGAAGAAGACCCAGAAAGAAAUUGGGGAUAUUGCCGGCGUAGCAGAUGUUACAAUCAGGCAGUCAUAUCGACUCAUCUACCCGCGCGCCGCAGAACUCUUCCCUCCGGACUUCAAAUUCGACACCCCCGUCGACAAGCUGCCCCAACUGUGAGGAAGAUGCUCCCUGCUCAGUGACGAUAUCUUUCUGCUGUACUUAAAGGAUAUUAUUCUUUCUUUUUAAAAAAAUAAAUAAUUUGUGUUGGAAGGUUUCUCUUGUCCCUCUUAAGACUUGGAGCCUUUGUAAAGGCGAUCACAGGAAACAAACGGACACAUUCCAGUGCUUAAACAGCUGGCAGACUGUACUUACAGUAUUUCAUUUGAGUGUGUAUACUGUAUCAUGUAUAUAUGUCCAAGUGAGAAGGUGUAACUGAUGCUUGCAAAUUUAGGCUGGUUUCAUACUGUACACAUAAAACGUUGUUUUUGUAGAAAAUGACCGGUUCUAUUUUGUUAGUUUGUUUUGAAUUGUUUCAAGUAAUUUAAAAAAAUAAAAUGAUUUUCAUUAAAGGAUUGUAAUCAG